CUUUUAAUAUGCGGGCAUAAAUAGGUACUCGUCAGUCUCUGUGCGUAUUUGAAGAAGCAUUUAGCUGAACAGACAGAGGGUGAUAUACUGACCAAGGUGAUUUAUUUCAACGAUAAUAAGUGAGACAGUUAAUGUACUGGAGGUCACAGUCGUGAAGGCCGAAAAUGUUACUGCUGGUGCAUUUGCUGAUGCGUGGCAUAUUGCCGUCAAGUGGCAGGGCAGUGUUCAGGAAUUAGAAAAAUUGCCAUACCAUCGAAAACAACUGAAUGAUUACUAAGUAGAAGUAACAAACCUUCAUUUUUGACAAGUUGGGCUUCAUUCUACAGUGCAAUGUGUCUGUGAGAUGUGUAAGAUGAAGUAAUUUGAAACACAGAUACAGAUUCCGCUGGAUACAAUGAUUGCAAAUGUAAAAAACAUGCUAAUGUUAAUUUUUGCAUUGUCGAAAGCCGGGAAGCGUGCUUCAAUCCAAUAAUUUCAUCAAAUUCUAUGCGGUUUUUGUAUAUUGGGCGAGAAAGGCUACUUUUCAAUGGAAGGUUAGUUAUAUUUACCGAAGUUUGUAGGCCCACAAUUACCGAAGGAAAGUUGUGAGUUCAUUGUAUACUGUCAUAAUUUUGAUGUUUACUCAGAUACAUUUCUAAUUUAAUUAAAAUUUCUCUUAUGAGGGAGGCGCAACUAGAAUUAAAGAUGAUAAUGUUCAGUAGCCCCGCGCAAAAAAACGAAAACCUCAACGUACACGAAUUUAUAGACGAAAGGUUAAAUGUAAAGAUUGUGGUGCUGAAAUGAAUGCUGAUUUUUGAAGCACAGUUCACAUAAACACAAUGGUAUGGCAAAAUCCCAAGAUGUUGUAGAAGCAUCACAUACAACGCUUCAUUUUUCUAAGAUCCUUCCAACUGCCCCUGUUACAUGUGAUAGCAUUGAUGAAAUGCGUGAAGGAGAAGUUAAAAGUGCGAAACAAAUUAUUCUGCCAUGAUACUGAUAUAUCACAAAAGGUUACAUUCAAAAACUCUCCUGAUUUGUAAAACUGUAAUAGCACAUUUGCACAUAAACGAAACUACAGCAUCAAGAGGGACUUCAUCAAACAACUUAACACCUCGUAACGAAUUGUAUAUAAAGUGAAUAACAAAUAAUCUGUCAGUUGCCUGAAGAUCGCUCUACUGCAUGAAACUUCGAGUAGCGACAGCAAAAAUUUGUCUAAUUUAUGUAUACAUAAUUUAAUAAAUUACAUUUCUUAAAUUGUUGCUACUUGGGGAGUUGGGGUUUUAUGCCAAAGCAAUCUUCAGGCAAUGUAUCCUAAUAUUUGUGUUUUGGAAGAAGAAAAUGAUCUUGGGCUGUUGCUUGAUCCCGGCGACUGUCCAAAACUGUUUACUGAUCUUCGGAAGAAAAUAUAAUUGAGAAUGGCCCAUACCAACCAAAGCUCAAUAGUUACCCUGAGAACAGCAAAAUUGCGCAACACAAAUAACGUAUGUUUUCAUCAGUUUGGUGCAAAGAAUAUCCCCAUUUAGAGUACAGUAUAAAGGCGGACUAUGCAUCCUGUUUUGUUUGUGCUCUUUUCCCAAGUGGACCAGGAAGAAGAAAGCAUCAGAUGCCUAGGUUACUGGAGCUCGAUUAUGGGAUAAGAUGAGAAGCAUGGGUGAAGAUGAAAAAGGAAAGAUGCAACAGCAUUUCUCUUCCCAAUCCCACAAAAUUGCUUUGAGGGAUUUGGCACAUUUUUCCUGCAAUAUGAAAAACGUCGAUGUAAUGUUGGAAAAGAAGUUAGAGAGAAGUAAGAAUACAAGAAGAAAACAAUUUGCGAAACCAAGAAGCUAUAAAGAUCCUUUUCGACAUAUCCUUUUCGCAAGAACAUUGGCACGACAACAGCUAGCUUUCAGAAAAGCUGAUGAAAAGCACGAGGGAAACUUUAUCCAAAUUACAAAUCUUGUUGCCAGGCAUAACCCUAGACUUCAGACAAGAACAUGAAACCUUAUUCAGUAAAAUACCUAUGGCCUAUUUCACAAAAUGAAUUUAUUAGCCUUUUGACUGAAGAUGGAAGGAAUCGCAUCGUAAAAGAUAUCGUUUCAUCUGAAAUGCACUCAGUCUUGGUCGACACGUCUCCUGACACUUCAAUUGCGGACCGCCUCGUAGUGGCAGUGCGCUACGUUGAUGAAAAGAACAUGCCAAACGAGAGAAUAUUAGAGAUGAAAGAAACAAUGAAUAAAACAGGUGAAGGCCAAGAAAAAGAGAUUCUUGAUUCCCAUCACGAUUACUAUUUGUCACGAUGGGUUAGUGUAUCAGUCUUACGACUACACAGCUUCAAUUCCUGGGACUUUUAAUAGAGUUCAACAACAUUUUCAGGAAGUGGUUGGACGCAACAUUCCAUACAUCCCAUGUCAAGGUCAUAGCAGAAGUUGUAAACGAGAUUCUAUGUUGCAAGAACAUAUGGAAAAAAUUGAAAAUGCUCUUAAAUUGCGCAAUCUCUCAAAGACGAGAUGGUUGUAUAGAAGUGAAUCAAUUGAAGCGUUGAUACACCAGAUCCGUAUGUGGUCUUAAGAGUUCGAACUAGUCCCAACAUGAAGCAAAGAACUAAAACAAAGUCGAACACCAAAACUCCUGUCUGGAAUGAGACAUUCAAGUUUUACUUAAGCAAUGAUAAAGAAAACAAACUGGAAAUUACAAUAAACGAAGACGACUUUCUCUCCGACGAUUUUAUUGGUUCUAGAACCAUUGAGCUGAAUAAACUCCCUGUGAAUCAAGAAAUUUCAAGAACUGUAAGAAUCAACGAGAAAACAAGUCUUGAACUAAAGUUGAAUAUCAAAACUGAUGUGAAAGAAGAACUAAGACUGAGUUAUGAUUUAUGUGAGGAAGAAAAAGAAUUUCUCAAAAAGAGGAAUAAGUUAAUACUGCAACACAUGGUCGAAGUUCUUCGAGACAAAUACGGUCCAAAAACAGAAAAUGAGGUACCUGUGGUUGCAAUAAUGGGAUCAGGAGGUGGCUACAGGGCAGCAUGUGGACUAUCAGGAGUAUUUAGUGCACUUCAAGAAUCGCGUAUUCUGGAUUGUGCUACCUAUGUAGCUGGGCUCUCUGGCUCAUCAUGGUACUUAUCCACUCUGUAUCACAAGCCCGCCUGGCCAACAGGCAUCACUUGCAAUAACAUGGCCGAUGAAUUGCGAGAAAGAUUUAACACAAGUCCAUGGGAACAUCUUCGUUUGAAUUUUAUUUCGCGCUUGAGAGCAAAAGAACGGCGGGGAAAAAUCACCAAAUUUGUGGACCUAUUUGGAUAUUUUAUUGGGGAAAGCUUACUUGAUAACGCUGACGCUAAACUAAGCGACCAAUGCAAUCGAGUUAAAGAUGCGCAUGCUCCGUUGCCUAUCACGGCCGCUGUCCACGUUCGCCUGGAUGAGCCAGCAAAAGAAUUCAGUGAAUGGGUUGAAUUCACACCGUAUGAGUACGGUUUUGCCAAAUAUGGUGUGUUCGGAAAGACAAAAGAUUUUGGCGGGAAAUUCUACAAAGGACGACUUGUAAAGAAAUAUAAAGAGCCACAACUGUCAUAUUUACAAGCUAUUUGGGGAAGUGCAUUCAGCAUAAUUUUAAACACAUUAACUAAUAAAGACGACAGAACAGAUCGCGAAAUUCAAAGCGAAAUGGCCAAGCAUGCUUUGAAGGAAGCAAAAAAAUGCAAAACUGAAGCUGACGACAGCGAUGAGGAUGAUGACGAAGACGAAAAAGAAAAUAAAAGCGAAGAUGGGCUGAAGUCACCUGAAGAUAUAUACGAAAGUAAUAAGUGGUGGUUAUUGGAAGCCCUAAACCCAUUUAACGUGAUGUCUAGUCGUCGAGGAAAAGCUGCAGUGGUUUUUAAUGCUUUACGGGGAUUGGAAUUCAAAAAAGAGCAAAAUGAUACUUAUAACAAAGUGACGGGAUAUCAAAAGACGAUUUGCCUCGUCGACGCUGGUAUUGCCUUUAACUCUCCAUAUCCAGUUUUGCUACGACCUGAGCGAAAAGUUGAAAUAAUUUUGUCGUUUGAUUUUUCUCAACGAGACGGCGGAGAUAAAGAAAAACCAUUUUCUGAACUUCUGAAAGCAGAAAAGUGGGCGAAGGAAAGUGGGUUGCUGUUUCCUCCUAUAGAAGGAAACACAUUGCUGGAUAAACCUGAGAUUCAAGAAUGUUAUGUAUUUCAAGAUGCUUCCAAUUCAAAGUGUCCAGUUAUUUUACAUUUUCCAAUCGUAAACAAGACAUUUAGAGAGUUCAGCAAACCAGGGGUACGUCGUGUGACAAAAGAGGAGAAGGACUUUGGUAACUUCCCAAUAUUUGACGACCCCAGUCAACCAUAUUCAUCGUUCAAGUUUGAAUACACCAAGGAAAAUUUUGACCGACUUCAUCAACUCAUGAAGUAUAACACUUUGGCAAACAUGCAAACCAUUACAGAUGCCAUUUCUGCCAGAGUUCAAUUCAAAAGAAAUAAUACAAAAGAAUAGGGAGAACUUUAUACAACUUGCCAACUAAAUUAUAAUUGUUGACUUAAGUUUCUAAAUGCAUUAUCUUUGACUGUAAGAACCGUAGCAUUAGCAUAGACAUAAAGUUUUUUGUUUUUUUUCUUCGGAUCAAUAUACGCAAUAUUUCAUUUAACGCAACUUAACAUCUAAGUGUCAAGACAAUAUUACAAUGAUGACAACAUUAAAUGAAUAUGUAUGGCAAA